AUGUUUUCUCUACGCCCACUUCUUGCUAGAAACACAGCAGCAAAACUCUGUACUCGCUGCCUCUCUACCAUUCGCCCAAUCCCCAGACCUACCAUCCUCCCCUCACAUACCCUCACCCGCUCAACCCCCCCAAACCUCUUACCCUCUCUCUCCCGCAACCUCCCCUCCCACCGCACAUACGCAUCCAAAUCCACAGCCGACACGCUCAUCGACGAAAUAACAGACCAAUACGCCACCGCACGCGACGAAUUCGAGAUCGCCACGGAGGAAACAGAGAAGCAGACGACGUAUGGGCAGGCGGAUCGGGACGCGGCGCGCGCGGAGCUGGAUAAGCUGAAGGGGAUGUAUGAGGACGCGCUGAGGACGGAGGAUGGGGAGGAGAUUAAAAGGAGGGUUGGGGGACGGAUUCGCGAGUUGGAGGGCGCGGUUAGGGCGUUGGAGGAGAGUGUUGAACAGGGUGAUCAUUAG